AUGUCUGAAAAAUCCUUUCAUCUCUUUCCGAGGCUGCCUACAGAGCUGCGACUGGAGAUUUGGCGUCUAUGUCUACCAUGUCGCGUAUGGGAAACGGAUCUCCUGACCAGCUUCGGUCUUUACAUGAAGCGUAAUUCCAAUGGCUCCUAUCCCUGCGAAGUCACGCACACAGCUAAACUGAAUGGCCUUCCACCUGUGAUCACUCGGGUGUGUCAAGAGUCGCGCUACAUUGCUCACGAAUCAGGAAGCAUCGUUCCAGAUGAUUUCUAUGACGAUUUACCAGGUGAUGCUGUUUUUGUCUCGAGCACAACUGCUGGGAUUUCCGACGAAUUUUGGGUAGACCCCAAACGAGACUCUGUACAUACAAAUUGGACGCCUUAUGCCGACGCAGCUUACAGCAACAACGACGGGAGUGCAUUGGCCUCUCUUGCCUGGCACAGUUGCCAGGUAGUCGGUCGUCCUUCAUUUAUGUGCGACUGGUUUACCCGGAUGAUCGACCAGAAAUAUGAGAGAUUUGAUGUUUUCGAAAAGGUGCCAAGCUGGCUGGUUAUCAUGCGUACUGUUUUCAUUCAUGCUAGCUUUCGAGAAGCCGCACAGUCUGGUUUGUUUGGACUGCUAGGCGACGCGUCCGUGCAAGUUGUCUCCGUGUCUAACGAGGAGAAAAUCAAUGCUCUCUACGACUUUGUCGAUGGAUGCGAUUGUCAGGCUUAUUAUAUUGAUGGCCCUCAGCGGGUCUCCUCGGAAGCCAUAAAGCAGGAACUGAAGUCCCUAAUAAUCGAGGCAAUGAGAUCCGACAAGCUAGUGUCGAGAAUGGAUCCAGCCAUCAUGUUCCGCCUUUGUAUAUUAAGAUGUAAUAGCUCCAGCGAGGAAGAAUUGCUUUCUGAAUAG